AUGCCAAUCGUCGCUUCACAACACCACGCCAUCGAGACGGCUGAGCGAGUCACGUCGGUCUUCUCGGUCGCCGGCGCAUUCUUCAUCAUCUCGACGUUCCUUUCUGACAGCAAGUUCCGCAAACCCAUCAACCGACUUGUCUUCUUUGCAGCAUGGGGGAACCUAUUUGCCAACGUCGCAACCCUAAUAGCAAGAUCCGGCAUUGCAGCCGGAGUAACGACGCCAUUAUGCCAAUUUCAGGGUUUUCUGAUUCACUGGUUUCUUCCCGCUGAUGCUUUGUGGACCUUUGCGAUGGCUUGCAAUGUCUAUCUCUCCUUCUUUCGCCAAUACGACGCGUUGAAGCUUCGAGGCCUUGAGUGGCGCUACUUGGCAGCGUGUUACGGCAUCCCGUUCCUUCCAGCGUUUGUUUUUCUCUUCGUCAACUCUGGGGACAGGGGCAAAGUAUAUGGGGACGCCGUGCUCUGGUGUUGGGUCACCACGAAGUGGAACGCGCUUCGAAUCGCCACCUUUUACGGACCGGUCUGGCUUAUCAUUUUGGUGACAAUGUUCAUCUAUAUCAAAGUGGGCAUUGUGGUCUUCCGGUGGCGCAAACAGCUCCUGUCUACAGGUCGGAGUGAGAGUAAGCCGGAGGUGCCAUCGUACGGAUAUGCCAUGAAGCAGUUCCCAACUUCGCCCAUAUCGCCGUCCGACUCUCAGAAAACAGACGAAGUCACCAUCAGCGGCCAAGUCCUGCACUCACCUACUCCGAAACAACAGCACCUCAAUUCACCAAGCAACGAAUACUAUGGAGAUGCUUCACCCACCCAUGCUCACCAUGAAAGGUUUCAAUCGGUGCAGGAACCUGAAUACCCAGAAAGAGACACCCAGGCGGUCAUUGACAGUGCGCAGGCCCAGAUGGUGGAUGCUAACAAGGCGACACUGAGUUACUGCAAAACGGCCAUGCUAUUCUUUCUCGCUCUCCUUUGUACAUGGGUCCCUUCCACAAUAAACAGAGUGUAUACUCUUGUUCGACCUAACGACUCGAUCUUUGGAUUGGACUUUGCCUCCGGUCUGGUGCUUCCCCUGCAAGGGUUCUGGAACACAGUCAUCUAUAUUGUCACCAGCCUGCCGGCGUGCAGGGCCUUGUGGGCUGAUAUCAUCGCUACCUUUGUUCCUCAAGCCCCACGACCGGACAGGACCACUCCGACACUUGCGAUCUCAACCAAAUACAACCACCGCGUGCUCGGCUCCGAAGACACGAGAGCCGAUAUCCAUGUCAGCAUGGACGGAAGGAAUCGAAUUGUCAACUACCGCAAACCGCAUGACGAUGACAUCCCAGAAGAGACCAACAGCCCCCUAGGCCCAGGUCCAGGGUUCGUACAUGCCCGAUGA